AUGAAUCAAUCUAAGGUUGGCCUCCUUGAUUUACCUGAUGAAAUAUUACUUAUGAUUUUAAAAAAGCUCGACAAUAUCGAUGUUCUUUAUUCAUUGUUGGAUGUUGAUAAUCAACGACUUGAUAUUAUAGCUCAAGGAAAUAUUUUCAUUAAUACUCUCAAUUUUGUAUUUACAACAUUUACUAAUGAUAUAUCUUCGAUUAAUGAUACAAUGGUUGAUCGAUUUUGCAGAAAUAUUUUGCCAAGAAUUCAUUAUAAUAUUAAAUCUCUUACUGUUGACUCACUAUCUAUGGAACGCAUUCUUUUUUGUGUCGAUUAUCCUAAUCUAACUGAGCUUAAACUCUUUAAUUUCAAUGGUAAAAUUGCUUCGCAUUAUUUUAGAGAUAAAGGACCAUUUGAUGGUCAUCUUGUACGACAAAUUACAGAUCUUGCUCUUGUAUUUCAAAACACUAUUUAUGAUACAUCAACACAUUAUUCAUUAGAUACAUACAGAUUUAUUAUGCAAAUUUUCGGAAAUCUAAAACAUUUAUCUAUUAUUGGAUCAUAUCGCUGGAUGUUUUUAGAUUUAUCAUAUCACAAAUCUUUACCACCAUCACCAGUUACCUUCUCAUCUUCAACUCUUACCAAGUUACGUAUUCGUGUGAUAAGCUAUGCAGCUUGUCUUGCUGUACUUGAUGGUCGUUUUAAACAAUUAAGAACCUUGAUUGUUGAUAUUAUUGAUAUAGACUUGCAUCAAUCGUAUGUCUGCAAUAUGGAUGAUUUACCUAAUUUAAAAUGUUUUUCUCUAACAACGACGUCUACUUGUUUUAUGGAUAUGUUUAUUGAAAGCAUACCAUUUCUUUUUCGUCGUAUGAUAAAUCUUGAAGAAUUAACUUUGCAACUUAGUGUCAUUAUGGGAACUGUAUUUAUCGAUGGUACUCAUAUUUAUAAUAACAUUCUUAUCCAUUUACAACAACUUCGUAUAUUCAACUUUUGUAUUUGUACUGAUCUUAGGAUAGAUCAUUUAGUUCAUCAUUUAUCUAAAUAUGAUAUUCAAAGAACUUUUUCUAACGCAAUAUAUCAAGAUGUAGAUUGUAUGGUACAAUAUGGAUGUAAUCGUGCUACAUGUCAUGUAUUUUCAUUACCGUUCAUAUUUGAUUAUAUCGGAUAUAUUGGUAAUACAUUUCCAAGUAUUACUUUCAUUCAUGUUAGAAGAUUGUUUGUGUGUGAUUUAGUUCCAUUUGAACACGAAUUUUUCAUUCGAAUUGCUUCAUGUUUUCCUUUACUUGAACAUUUAAGCAUGUAUAAUAUAGGACCUCAGUUAAAAGUAUCAACCAAAUUGAAAUCUGACAAUAGCCGAAUGAAUUCAAUUGUUAAAUAUUCACAUCUUAUUUGGCUUGAACUUGAAUGUGUUCAUAUUGAUUAUGUCGAACAAUUUCUCAAUGAAACAAAAACGCAUCUACCUUCUUUAACCAGAUUAACAAUUUACUAUUCUGUUUUAUGCAAUGUGACAGAAGACUUUACAAGAUAUAUAACACGACGUAAUUGUAUUAAAGUGAACCAAUUAAAUCUUGGUGGAGGUAUAAUAGAACGUUCCAAAGAUUUCAAUGUUUAUUUUCCUCUGUUAUAA